AUGCCAUUUUUGCUGAGAGACAAGCAGCUUACCUACACCAGACACACUCAAGAUGAGUUCCUCUCUCUUUCUGCUUUACUAUGUUCCUCUCUCUUUCUGCUUUACUAUGUUCCUCUCUCUUUCUGCUUUACUAUUUUCUCUCUCUUUCUGCUUUACUAUGUUCCUCUCUCUUUCUGCUUUACUAUGUUCCUCUCUCUUUCUGCUUUUUACUAUGUUCCUCCCUCUUUUCUGCUUUUUACUAUGUUCCUCUCUCUUUCUGAAAAAACUAUGUUCCUCUCUCUUUCUGCUUUACUAUGUUCCUCCCUCUUUUGCUUUUUUUAUGUUCCUCUCUCUUUCUGCUUUACUAUGUUCCUCUCUUUUUCUGCUUUUACUAUGUUCCUCCCUCUUUCUGCUUUACUAUGUUCCUCUCUCUUUCUGCUUUACUAUGUUCCUCUCUCUUUCUGCUUUACUAUGUUCCUCUCUCUUUCUGCUUUACUAUGUUCCUCUCUCUUUCUGCUUUACUAUGUUCCUCUCUCUUUCUGCUUUACUAUGUUCCUCCCUCUUUCUGCUUUACUAUGUUCCUCUCUAUCUCUUUGCUUUUACUAUGUUCCUCCUCUUCUGCUUUUACUAUGUUCCUCUCUCUUUCUGCUUUACUAUCUCAGUUUCUCUCUUUUUCUCUUUACUAUGUUCCUCUCUCUUUCUGCUUUACUAUCUCUGUUUCUCUCUCUUUCUACUUUACUAUUUGCAUUUGUUACUCUCUCUCUCUCACUAAUGCAAUUUAUUACUCACUCUCUCUUGCUGUUGCCCCUUAUUAUGAUCUCUUUCACUAUGUUGCACUUGUUACUCUCAGUUUCUAUUCCAGUUGCAUUUGUUAUUCUCUCUCUCUCUCUCACUAAUGCACUUAUUAUUAUUACUCACUCUCUUGCUGUUGCCCUUAUUAUGCUCUCUUUCACUAUGUUGCACUUGUUACCUCCCAUUCUCUCUCUCUUAAUGCAUUUAUUACUCACCUCUCUUGCUGUUGCCCUUAUUAUGCUCUCUUCACUAUGUUGCACUUGUUACUCUCAGUUUCUAUUCCAGUUGCAUUUGUUAAAUAUUUUCUCUCUCUCUCUCACUAAUGCACUUAUUACUCACUCUCUCUUGUUGUUUCUUCAUUAUUAUUAUGUUGCACUUGUACUUCAGUUAUUUUAUUGCAGUUGCAUUUGUUACUCUCUCUCUUUCAUUCCACUAAUGCAUUUAUUACUCACUCUCUCUUGCUGUUGCCCUUAUUAUGCCUCUCUUUCACUAUGUUGCACUUGUUACUUCUCAGUUUCUAUUCCAGUUGCAUUUUUUACCUUCUCUCUCUCACUAAUGCACUUAUUACUCACUCUCUUGCUGUUGCCUUUAUUAUGCUCUCUCUUCACUAUGUUGAAACUUGUUACUCUCAUUUCAUUCCAGUUGCAUUUGUUACUCUCUCUCUCUCUCACUAAUGCACUUAUUACUCACUCUCUUGCUGUUGCCCUUAUUAAACUUCACUUUUUUGCACUUGUUACUCUCAUUGCAUUUUUUUCUCUCUCUCUCUCUCUAAUGCACUUAUUACAUUUUCAUUCUCCUUGCAAGAUUUUAUUAUGCUCUUUUUCACUAUGUUGCACUUGUUACUCUCAGUUUCUAUUCCAGUUGCAUUUGUUAUCUCUCUCUCUCACUAAUGCACUUAUUACUCACUCUCUCUUUGCUGUUGCCCUUUAUUAUGCUCUCUCUUUCACUAUGUUGCACUUGUUACCUCAGUUUCUCAUUGCAUUUGCAUUUGUCUCUCUCUCUCUCUCUCUCACUAAUGCACUUAUUACUCACUCUCUCUUGCUGUUGCCCUUAUUAUGCUCUCUUUCACUAUGUUGCACUUGUUACUCUCAGUUUCUAUUCCAGUUGCAUUUGUUACUCUCUCUCUCUCUCACUAAUGCACUUAUUACUCACUCUCUUCUGUUGCCCUUAUUUGCUCUCUUUCACUAUGUUGCACUUUUAGUUCUUCCCAGUUUCUAUUCCAGUUGCAUUUGUUACUCUCUCUCUCUCACUAAUGCACUUAUUACUCACUCUCUCUUGCUGUUGCCCUUAUUAUGCUCUCUUUCACUAUGUUGCACUUGUUACUCUCAGUUUCUAUUCCAGUUGCAUUUGUUCUCUCUCUCUCUCUCACUAAUGCACUUAUUACUCACUCUCUCUUGCUGUUGCCCUUAUUAUGCUCUCUUUCACUAUGUUGCACUUGUUACUCUCAGUUUCUAUUCCAGUUGCAUUUGUUACUCUCUCUCUCUCUCUCACUAA